AAAAAAAAGAAAGGGGGAAAAAAGAGUGAAAGCGAGGCUCGAGCAGAACCCCGCACGCGCGCCGACACACGACGGGCAUCAUGAGGUCCAAGAGCAGGGCGAGGAAGCUGACCACGGGUGAUGAAGGCGACUUCCCGCUUUUCCCCUCUGCUGUUCUGGAGGAAGUUGGAGGUGUGUCUGAUGGAGACCCUAUCCCACUGGUCACAGCUGACGACAUCCCCCCAAAUCUUUUGCAUGAGGGAGACGCUGCUGAAGAACCUUCCACUUUCAACACUUCCUUUCACGCACCUUUGUACCUGGGCAGGGAGGCGGUGGAGGCAUCAGUGCCCCCAGACUUUGAACUACGCGAAUCGGGCAUUUCCCCCGGCAACCUGGGUGUCUGGAGCAAAAGGAGGCUGGAGGUCGGUGAGCAGUUUGGACCCUUUGAGGGAACAACAAGCCCCGGGGACCCAAAGCGUCUUCAUGGCUGGGAGAAGGCCAGUUUUGAUGGGCGUGUGUGUGAUAGCAGAAGCUGGCUAAGACACGUCCAGAUAUCACCGUCCUCGCACCAGUACAACCUCACAGCCUACCCGAUACAUGAGCAGAUAUUUUACCGUGUGGUCCGCGAGGUUCAUCCUAGUGAAGAACUCAUACUGUUCAUGAAGGCUGAGGAGUUUUCAUGUGACACCAUGGCUCCAGAUAUACAUGAGGAGCGCGAGUUCCGCUGUGAGGACUGUGAGCAGCACUUCUCCUCAGGCCCUGAGCUGCUGGAGCAUCAGAAGCAGUCCUGCUCCAUCCGGACCCCGUCACAUUUCAGUCUGCCUGAGCAGGGCAUUCCGGCCAGUGACGGAGAAAGCACUGAGCUCCACCCACUCCUGAUGCACUCAGCACACUCCCCACAGGAGUGCAAGGAGUGUGAGCAGGUGUUUCCUGAUGCUCAAAGUCUGGAGGCUCACUCUCUGUCUCACUCAGAGGAGAGGGAGUAUAAAUGUGACCAGUGCCCGAAGGCCUUCAACUGGAAGUCCAACCUGAUUCGCCACCAGAUGUCGCAUGACAGCGGCAAGCAUUACGAAUGUGAAAACUGCUCAAAGCAGGUGUUUACGGACCCCAGUAACUUGCAGAGGCACAUCCGCUCUCAGCACGUCGGCGCCCGGGCCCACGCCUGCCCCGAAUGCGGCAAAACCUUCGCCACCUCAUCUGGCCUCAAACAGCACAAACACAUCCACUCCUCCGUCAAGCCCUUCAUAUGUAAGUCUCUCACCCGCUUCAUAUGUGAGGUUUGCCACAAAUCCUACACCCAGUUCUCGAACCUAUGCAGACACAAACGAAUGCAUGCUGACUGCCGGACACAGAUAAAGUGCAAAGACUGCGGCCAACUGUUCAGCACCACCUCCUCACUCAACAAGCAUCGGCGUUUCUGUGAGGGGAAGAACCAUUUUGCUGGCGCCGGAGGGCUCUUUGGCCCAGGCAUUUCUCUCCCUGGUGGCCCCGGACUGGACAAGUCUGCUCUUGCUGGGAUGGGACCUGGCUCAGCUGGUCUGGCAGACUACUUUGGAGCCAACCGGCACCACAGCGGACUGACGUUCCCAGCUGCCCCGCCAGCAUUCCCAUUCGGUUUCCCAGGACUCUUCCCAUCUGGACUGUACCACCGGCCUUCUAUCAUCCCAGCCACUUCACCUGUAAAGGGCCUGCCAGGGACGGACCUACGGAAGAGUCCCUUGCCUAUUCCUGGAGCUCACGAGCCCCAUGACCUUCUGAAAAGCUUCCGCAAGCAUUCCUUCAAUGGGGAAGGAGAAGACAGGGUGCAGCACCAGAGAGAAGGCUCUGGCCACAAGCCUAAGAUGAGUGACCAGUCUGAGAGCAGUGAUCUGGAUGACGUCAGCACUCCCAGUGGAAGUGAGCUUGAGAGCACUUCUGGGUCAGAACUGGACAGUGAUGCAGAGAGCGACCGGGAUCGCGAUCGAGACAGGGCAAGGGAAAAUGGGAAAGGACCCAAGAGGAAGUCCAGUGGUUCUAAUGCUGGACAAAGUCCCACCCUUGUCAGCAGCUCCAGCAGCAGCAAUGCAGCUAACGGUAAUGGGAGCAAUGUGCCUCCACCAGGAUUUUUCUCUCCAGCUCUGGAUGAAAACACUGCAGUUUCUGGAGCAGUCAAUGACUCCAUCAAGGCCAUCGCCUCCAUAGCGGAGAAGUACUUCGGCUCCACAGGAUUGGCUGGCCUGCAUGAUAAAAAAGGGGGCACUCUACCGUACACCUCCAUGUUUCCUCUGUCCUUCUUUCCUGCAUUUUCACCCCCAGUGUACCCCUUCCAUGAGAGGGAACCUCUCCGACCUCCAACCCACAAAGGGGAAGCGGAGAGCCCAUCAGCCGAAAGCAAGAGACCACAGGGCAGGAGCACUGAGUCACCCUUUGACCUCACCACCAAGCGCAAAGAGGAACGCCUGGCUCCAACCUAUACCCCCUCGAAGCCUGAGGCAUCACACGUACCCUCUGCAAAUCAGGACCAGCCUCUGGACUUGAGUCUGGGCGGGCGAAGCCGAGGUGCACGUAUCAGAGGGGAGGAUUCACGGAAGAACCACGUAUUUGGCGAAGAAAGGUUUGAGGCGGAUGCUCCUAAAGCAGACCCCUCCCUCCAGCAUGCAAGACCCACUCCCUUCUUCAUGGACCCCAUUUACAGCAGGGUUGAGAAGAGGAAAGCGAGUGAUCCGUUUGAGGCGCUGAAAGAAAAAUACAUGCGUCCCACACCGGGAUUCCUCUUCCACCCACAGUUCCGCAUGCCUGAUCAGAGAACCUGGAUGUCAGCUAUAGAGAACAUGGCGGAGAAGUUGGAGUCCUUCGGAUCGUUGAAGUCCGAUGGUGGUGACAUCAUGCGUUCCGUUCCCUCUAUGUUUGAUUUCCGAGCUCCGCCCACCACGCUGCCCGAGACCCUGCUGCGCAAGGGCAAGGAGCGCUACACCUGCAGAUACUGCGGCAAAAUAUUCCCACGCUCAGCCAACCUCACACGGCAUCUCCGAACACACACAGGAGAGCAGCCCUACAGGUGUAAAUACUGCGAUCGUUCCUUCAGCAUCUCCUCCAACCUGCAGCGUCACAUCCGCAACAUCCACAACAAAGAGAAACCUUUUAAAUGCCACCUGUGUGACCGCUGCUUUGGCCAGCAAACCAAUCUGGACCGCCAUCUCAAAAAACACGAGAAUGGUAAUUUAUCAGGCACAGCAAUGUCGUCCCCCCAAUCAGAGCUGGACAGCAGCAGUGCCAUUUUAGACGAUAAGGAGGACUCCUACUUCAAUGAAAUUCGCAACUUCAUCAGCAACAGCGGCCAAAACACCACCUCACCCCCACACUCCGAUGAAGCGUUGAACGACAGCCAUUUUGAGGCGGACAAAGCUGUGGCCAAUCAGAGGUCACAUGACCCGGAUGAGGAGGAAGGGGAGGAGCAUGGGCCAGAGGAGGAGGAGGCAGAGCACAGCGACGCUGCUGGGAAACCCACUAACAAGGCCUCAUCCAGUAACCUCGGCGACGAGGUCAACGACGACCUGGACUUUGACGGACCAAACGAUCUGGACAUGAACUGCAAAUCUUCACCGCAGAGGUUUGAUGAUGACGAGGAGGAUGAAGAGCACAGUGGUUUCUCCACGCUAGACCACAUCCGUCACUUCAGCAUGGACGAAGCAGAGCUCAGCGCUGUUGACGUAGGUGACUUCGGCUCCGCCCACCUGCCCGAGACCAUGAAGCAGCCACUGUACAGAAAGUCUAAAUCACAGGCCUACGCUAUGAUGCUGUCUCUGGCUGAUAAAGACCCUCUGCCCCCUUCUCCUCACGCCGCCUCUGUGUGGCACACACUCGGUCGAGCGGCCGAAUCCAACGCCAUCCAGUCCCUCAGCCACGUAUGAUGCUUUCUGCACCAUGACCUCUGACCCCUUACCCCAACAACAGGCACUAGGACUGAACUUGGCCUUCACUGGGCGUUCACUGCUGGCUGCAAUGCUUACUUAUCCUGAAACACUAUCGUUUGGGUCCCUGGUCUACAGUAAAAGACACUACUUAUUAUAUAACCUGACAAAUUAUUGAUGACCUGAUCGAUCUUAUUCGAACUAAUGACAUUUCAAUGGUGGUAAAUACAGUGAUGAUGAUGAUGAUGAUGAUGCUGAUAGUAGUAAUAAUAGUUGUAUUUAUUCCGUCCAGUUUCUAUAUGUUUUGCACAGCAAUGGCAGCUGAUGAACAGGGGAAAGGUUGAUAAAACUGGGACACUAUGUUACAGUUUUAUUUUGCAUUUUCAUAGUAGGAUGGCUCUUGGAUGGUUAUAAAUGGAGCCCCUGUCCAGUCCCCCUGAGAGUCUUCCACUUAAAAAAAAGAUGAUCCCAACAAAAUAUGACUGACACAUCAAAUUCCCAUAAUCCCUUUUUUCAUUUGGUGAUGAAUGGAUCAGUAGAACUGCUAGGAAAGUAUGAUUUCCUACAACAGCGACAUUGUUUGGUAUUAAAUGCACAUCCUGUCACACAGCCCUGACCACAGUUUCUCACAUAUGUGCACACACACACACACACACACACACACACACACACUUCCAGACCCCCACUCUCUUGUAUGGGCCUGAAUACACCAAGCCGACCUGGAUGAUUAGGCAGAUGCCGAUACGUGUACUUUCUGCGAAAGAAACUAACUAAUAAUAAGUAACAGUGCUCUCGAUUUGUCUGCAAAGGUCUAGACUGACUAGUUUGGCAAACGUUAACAGGCUUCUCCAGUAAUAUCCGUAGUUUGUUAAUAAUCUUUCAAUGCCGGUGUUUAGGCUAAACCUAGUUUGGUGCUAACAUGAGCAAAUCUCAUAAGCGUGCUAGUUGAAAUCAGCAUUGUUGUAAUGCGAGUAUUCAGAGUAAAGCCUACUUAUAAAGUGUCUAUAUAUGAAAUGACGUGUAAAUGGUGCAUAUUCAUAAUUAUAUGGCAAGAAAGUCCAUGAAAUAACUGUGUAUCUCAUACUUUGUUAGUAUGUCAUCAGCCUGAGCACCAUCUGAGCUCAUGAGUGAAUAGUCCUUGUUAAGAAUUGGUUAUUUAAAUACUACUUGUUUAAAAUGUGGACACUAGAAAGCAGAAGUGAUGAUAAAAGUGGCCUUGAAAAAGCAGGCUACUCUUUGUGUGAGCCCUCAUUAGCUUGCUGUGCUCACUUCUGUUUGUCUUCUCAUGUGGUGAUUCAUUAGGCUGAACAGCCAAUCAGGCAGCUCUCUCACCACCAAUUCUAAUUCAAAACGCUCGAUUGACCAAAAUCAUCUCACCAGCCAAGAGUCAAUGGUGCAGGACACACGGAACAAACUACGGGCCGCUGCCAACAGUCGGCUUGGUGUGUCGGGUAUUAGUGCAAGACCAUAGUAGUAAUUCAUAUACGGCCUGCACUGCAGUCUAAAAUCACACUGACCUGGUCUAACUGCUGGCCUCUGAGUAGAUUCGAGUGUUUGUAGGACCGUGUAUGGACCAGCCAUGCCUGUGCUCAUUUAGGUCUAAGCUCAUUUUCCAUGAUAUAUCAGACAUCGAAUUGAAACACAGGCUCUAAAAGGGAGGAAAGGGAGAAGCAAAUGACUGGCAGAGUCUGGGACCCAACACUGAGUUACUGGUGCCGUUCCCUUUAAACCUUGUACAGUAAUAAUACGUAAAACUUUUCUUCUUAAAGGGGAAGGCAAACUGGUUCUUUGUGAUGUAAAAAAUGGGGACAAAAUAAAUAAAACAUCCCACGGACACUCGUCUUACGGAAGAAGACAUGAGGAGGAGAGGGUGUGACUGUUCUCCGGUUCCGUCCAGUGAAAGCACUGCAGCAUCACCCUGGUCUCCGCCUAAUUCCUCUGUGCUGUCCAGUAGCGGCAGAGAUGUUUUCUGUACAAAAAAAAAAAAAAAAAAUUAAAACAAAACAAAAAAAAUUGUAUGAUUUUCCUCUGAGAAGGGUUGUAAGAUAUAUAAGACUUUUUUGUUUGUUUGUUUGUUUUCUAAACAAAACAGAAGUACUGAUGUUUGUAGAACUUGAGUUGAAGGGCAUUUCUUCUUUAGCCGCCAACGAUACCACUAAAUAGCCUGUACGCUAGUCGCUAGCUAUUCUACUCUCGUGUCUUUUGUUUCUAGACAAUCAUUGGUUCAUUGUUUGUUUUUUUUAUUGUUCUCAUUUCUCCCGUUCGCUCCUUUCGUUCGUUCUCGGUUGGUGUUGUCGAUGUUAUUGCUGUGUAUGUUGAAAGGUGUAUUUAUUUCUUGGCAGAACUGUAGUUUGUUUACUGACUAGCACUGCUCUCGAGCUCCCCCUUCUGGUGAAGAAAGGGAGAGUGACUCCACGGUUUGCUGGAGUCUGUAGAAUACAGUAUGUCUGCGUGCCAGAUAGUAUUAAAAAAUUCAUCCCAUCUUAUACUUCUAAUGAAACUGGUAAAUGAUAUAGUUAAUAGUUUUUUUGUAUGACAUGUUUAUUGAUUCAAGUGUAAAAUAUUGAAAACGGAGGGAAUGGGGCUUAAAAAAAGGAAAGAAUAAAAAAACAGCUGGUAAUAUUUCUUCAUAAAAAAACGCAUGAUUGGUCUGGCUUCGAAUUGUACCUGACAUUUUCUACGGUUGUCUGCAAAAGCUUGUGUGAUGUUCGGGUCCCUGUUGAGUCGUCGUGCCAAAACUAUGAUAACAGACUUUCAUUUGUUCAUCGUCACUCACUGAACGACCGGAUCUUUCCUGUUUCUGUUUUUUUGUUUUCGCUUUGGUUUUUGUUUGUUCGUUUGUUGUCGUUGUUUAUAAUCCCAUUUUUAAGAGUAAUUGGCGAGUCGAGGUACUUUGCUUUCUACAAUGUAACUGUAAUGCAUUUCAAUUCAGUAAUGUGGGCGGAGCAACUAAGAAAUAAAGGACUCCAGUGUAGACCUGUG